AUGGUAUACCCUAAAGAGCUCAACAUAAACAACCCAGGGCUGUUCUUCAAGGAGAAGAACAGCUCUGGCUGUUCUUUAAAGAGAAGAACAGCCGCAGCUGUUCUUCAAAGAGAAGAACAGCAGCGGCUGUUCUUCUUCAAGAGAAGAACAGCAGCGGCUGUUCUUCUUCAAAGAAGAACAGCAGCGGCUGUUCUUCUCAAGGAAGAACAGCAGCGGCUGUUCUUCCUUGAGAAGAACAGCCACCGCCGGAAAAAAAAUCCGGCGGUUGCUUGGGGCCAACGAACAAGAAACCAAUUUGCAACCAACAAGAAGAAGAAGAUGGGGUUCUUGACACUGUUUGAAGUGGCAGUUAUGCCAAAUCUACAAAUUCUGUUAAUCAGUGGAUUAGGAGCUUUCAUGUCUACCGAUUACUGUAAUCUUCUUGGUCUUGAUGCAAGAAAAUCCUUGAACAAGAUCGUUUUCAUAAUAUUUAUACCUUCUCUCAUGUUUUCUAGUCUGGCCAAAACGGUGACACUUCAAGACAUUAUUUCAUGGUGGUUUAUGCCUGUGAAUAUAGGUUUAACCUUCUUAAUUGGGGGCAUUCUUGGAUGGAUUCUUGUUAAACUACUCAAACCUAAGCCUUAUCUGGAAGGCCUUGUCAUUGCUACAUGUUCAUCAGGAAACUUAGGAAAUCUUCUUCUGAUUGUGGUGCCUGCAAUCUGUAAUGAGAAAGGCAGUCCAUUCGGUGAUCGUGAAACUUGCAAAUCCGUUGGACUCUCCUAUGCUUCUUACUCCAUGGCGCUUGGCGGUUUCUACCUCUGGACUUAUACUUACCACCUGAUACGAACUUCAGCUGCCAAAUUCAAAGCAGAGGAAGAAGAAGAUGCCUCAAAACCACCCAACCGCGAUUUAGAAACUUUCCUUCUAAAAGACGAAGUUGUUGCAGUAUUUCCAACGUCAACCAAAUCUGUAGAAACUCUACCUAUUGUUUCCCAAGAGGAAUCAUCUUCAUCAUCAUGGAAUAAAUUGAUAGGAGUUCUUGGCCAGCUCGUGAAGGAGCUCUUGUCACCUCCAACUAUAGCUUCAAUUUUGGGAUUCAUGUUUGGAGCAAUUACAUUCCUGAGAAACCUAAUAAUUGGGAGUGAUGCACCCUUGAGAGUGAUCCAAGAUUCAAUCAAAUUACUUGGAGAUGGAACAAUUCCUUGCAUGACACUCAUACUUGGAGGCAACCUCAUUCAAGGUUUACGAUCGUCGAGAAUAAAGGCAUGGAUCAUUGUUGGGGUGGUUCUUGUUCGAUUCGUGAUGCUCCCUGCAAUCGGUAUUUGGCUUGUUAAAGCUGCAGCAACUCUUGGUUUCCUUCCUCCAGAUCCUCUCUACCAUUUUGUGCUGAUGGUUCAAUACACUCUGCCACCUGCCAUGACUAUUGGUACCAUGACCCAGCUGUUUGAUGUGGGUCAAGAAGAGUGCUCAGUUCUCUCGCUGUGGACAUAUUUGGUAGCAGCCAUAGCAGUAACUUUCUGGUCAACAAUCUACAUGUCCAUUCUGUCCUGAACAAUACACAUGAACAUCCCUAUUAGCAGGGAUCCAAAGAUUCUAGUUCUUUGUAUUUUAUUUUUCGGGAUCCUUUAUUUUUAGUGGCUAAGCAAAGAAUAGAAAUUACAGGGUAGCUUGCUAUCAUGUUUUUUUUGUUGUA